UAGUGUGCGGUUAUAUGGCGGUUAUAACCAAGAGUCACGAUGCAGAUGAUGCUGUUGCUCUGGCCUAUCAUGAGGCUCGUCUGACCGGAUAAGGCGUCAAUGACGCAGGGCGCUCCCGCGGGAGUGCCGGAAAAGUAUUACAACGGCAAGGAUGUACAAACAAUUCCUUUAACUUAGGAUUUGGCGUGAUCAAGAACGACAGUUCUUGAAUGCCGCUGUAUGUAGACAUUGAAGAGGUGACACUGCAGCCGCCAAAAAAGCCAAGCCUAGUGACACCUCGUGUUCUCCGCAGCGGGGCCAUCUCGUGCACCAACCACCACACCACACAAUGCCAUCCCGCGUCCCAUAAGGCGUCCUGCCUCACGCACUCCCGUUUCUGACUGUAAUACCGCGAAAACACCUCCAUAGCCGUUAUGACCGUCCCUACAUCCUCUGACUCGCCCCGCAAGCUGCUUUGGGCAGGUGUCUACCAGCAGCUGCUCCGCCACGCGCUGCCCGACUCGCGCUUCAAUUACGAUUUCCUCAAAUUCACGCCCGACUUUCGCGGCUCGGAGGACGCGGUCGCACGCAUCGUCGACUUACGGUGUUAUAAGGAUGCGAAGACGAUACUCGUCACGAGCGACAACAGCCUCGAGGGCUUGCGGUACAGGGCGUUGAAGGAUGGCAAGAGGGUGCUGGUGGGCACGUAUAGGCUGCGGAGGGGCUUUGUGCUGCUAGAUCCUAAGAGUAUAGGGGAGAGCAAGUUGAAGCUUGCAGCGUGUCUGGAUGGCAUGGAGAGACCUGGGAUAGGGCGGAAGGUAGCGCUGGCGCAGCUGAAAGAUGACGGAUACAAGAUCGACAUUUGUGCGCUGGGCGGGCUGGUGCUUAACGAGCAGGGUGUCAUUGUAUGGGAGGGCUCGGCAUUGUUCGAGGUGCAGUGGGCGUUGCUGCAGGACCUAAAGGUGCUUGACGCUGCGGCACCGGUCGUUGCUGUUGCGCAUGAGUGUCAAGUCGUCGACGAGGCGCAGUAUGGGCUGGAUACGAUCAAGCCUGACAAGAACGGCGAAGUGCAAUGUGACUUCGUAGUCACAUCUGAGCGAGUGCUUGAGGUCAAGGGCGCCGUAAAGCCCAUGGGUGGAGUUGACUUCAAGAAGGUGGAUUCGGAGGCGUUGAACAACAUUCCGCCGCUGCAAGAGCUCAAGGGCAUACGCAUGAUGGAGCAGAUCAUGUCAAGUUCCGGCUUUGGGGCAAAGGAGGAGAAGAAAGAAGAGCGCAAAACACCAUCUGCGGAAGAACAGAUGGGAAUUGACAUUGUUGAGCGACUGAUGAAGGGUCUGAAAAGCUGAGAUGCGAACGAACAUACAAGAGAAAUUCUAACGCCACCGCUAUGCAGAAAAGUAUGAUCACCACGAUAUAUACAGCAUGACACGAG